AUGACAUUUGAACACCUUCGCGAUUCGUCAGUAACUAACGCAACCGUCUCCACCCAUCUGCACGCCUUAGUUAACACGAUUCUGAGGGGGAAAUUGCCAUCCUCCCUCCCUCCCUUCUUCCCUCCCUUCCUCCCUCCCUUCCUCCCUCCCUUCCUCCCGUCCUCCCGUCUUGCCAUUCCCCCAUCUCCUCAUCCUCCUCUCAUCCCCCUGUCCUCUCAUCCCCCUGUCCUCUCAUUCCUGUGUCCUCUCUAUCCCCCUUCUCUUUGUCCCCCUUCUCUCAAUCCCCCUUCUCUUUGUCCCCCUUCUCUCAAUCCCCCUUCUCUUUGUCCGCCUUCUCUCUGUCACCCUUCUCUCUGUCCCCCUUAUCUCUGUCCCCCUUCUCAAUGUCCACCUUCCCUGUGUCCCCCUUCUCUCUCUCCCCCUUCUCUCGGUCACCCUUCUCUAUGUCCCCCUUCUCUCUGUCACCCUUCUCUUUGUCCCCGUUCUCUCUGUCCCCCUUCUCCCCUUCUAUUUGUCCUCCUUUCUGUCCCCAUUCUCUCUGUCCCCCUUCUCUCUGUCCCUGUUCUCUCUGUCCCCCUCCUCUUUGUCCCCCCUCUAUUUGUCCUCCUCUCUGUCCCCAUUCUCCACCGCCCCUCUUCUCUCUGUCCGCCUUCUCUCUGUCCCCGUUCUCUCUGUCCCCCUUCUCUCUGUCCCCCUUCUCUCUAUCCCCCUCCCCUCUGUCCCCCUCCUCUCUGUCCCCAUUCUCUCUGUCCCCCUUCUCUCUGUCCCCCUCCUCUCUGUCCCCCUCCUCUCUGUCCCCAUUCUCUCUUUCCCCCUUCUCUCUAUCCCCGUAACCACUGUCCCCCUCCUCUCUGUCCCCCUUCUUUUGUCCUCCUUGCCGUCCCCAUUCUCCACCGCCCCUCUUCUCUCUGUCCGCCUUCUCUUUGUCCCCGUUCUCUCUGUUCCCCUUCUCUUUGUCACCCUUCUUUCUGUCCCCCUUCUCUCUCUCCCCCUUCUCUCUGUCCCCCUUCUCACUGUCCCCCUUCUCUCUGUCCCCCUUCUCUCUGUCCCAAUUCUCUCUGUCCCGCUUCUCUCUGUCCUCGUUCUCUCUGUCCCGCUUCUCUCUGUCCCCAUUCUCUCUCUCCCCCUUCUCUCUGUCACCCUUCUCUUUGUCCCCCUUCUCUCUGUCACCCUUCUCUCUGUCCCCCUUCUCUCUGUCCCCCUUCUCUUUGUCCCCCUUCUCUCUGUCCCCCUUCUCUUUGUCCCCCUUCUCUUUGUCCCCCUUCUUAUUGUCCCCCUUCUCCUUAUCCCCCUCACCCUCUCUCCUAUUUUCACCACCCACUGCCUCGCUUUCCCUCAACCUCUCCUUAUGACCAUUGA